AUGACAGCGUCGAUACCACUUUGUGAGGAUGGCGGUGCUUCGACUCGAGACGAACUCGAACUUCGACUCAAUCAUCACGGCCAUAGUCUGGAAGAAGAGAUCCGCCUUGAAAUCCUCGAUUUCGAGUCUCCGGAUGACCCAGAUCACCCACACAACUGGGCUUUACUUGACCGUGUCUGGGCCACGUUCCUGCUAGCUGCAUUCAAUCUGGUGGUGACUAUCGGCAGCAGCAUCUUUGGCAGUGCUCAAGACGCCGUGGCACGAGAAUUCGGUGUCAGCGAGGAGGUGACGAUAUUAGGUACCUCUUUGUACUUGGUGGGAUAUAUAUUCGGGCCCCUUCUCUUUGGCCCUUUAUCAGAGAAAUUCGGACGCAAAUAUCCCUUGAUUGGAGGCGUCGCACUGUCGUCCCUGUUCGGCUUGAUGCCAGCCCUCGGCCACAGUCUUGCCACCAUCUUCAUCGGUCGGUUUCUCUCCGGCUUUUUCGGGGUCGCACCUAUUGCCGUGCUAGGCGGCAUCAUCACCGACUGUUGGAAUCCGGCAAGCCGGAGUGUAGCGAUGGCGUUCUGCAUCUUCCUCGUCUUCUCUGGCCCUACGUUCGGCCCAAUCAUUGGAGGAUUCAUUGUCAGCAGCUCUCUGAGUUGGCGAUGGACGAUGUGGGUCGUCGUCAUCACCGGCCUAGGAACCACUGUUGUGGGCUUAGUGGCAUUUACUGAGACUUAUCCACCAAAGAUUCUCCAGAAAAAAGCGAAGCGGCUGCGCCAAGCGACUGGCAACAGCCGUAUCAGAUGUGCUCUAGAUGAGGAAAACGUGAGCAUCGCUUAUGUUGCUCAGGUGUAUCUGAUCCGGCCAUGGCGUCUCUUCUUCACCGAGGUCAUUCUGGUGUUGCUGACCCUCUACCAAUCCUUCAUCUAUGGCGUCAUGUACUUGUUCUACCAAUCCUACCCAAUCGCUUUUGGGGACGAACGAGGAUGGGAUGCCGCACUUUCAUCAUUGGCACUUCUUGGAAUCAUCCUUGGAGUUACACUUGGCACACUUAUUGUGGUAGUGUACAAUGAGAGGCACUUUAAACAGACGUACAAGCGCAACGGUGGCACCUUUGAGCCUGAAGUGCGCCUCCCGUUGAUGAUAUUCGGGGGUUGCCUUGUACCUGCGGGGAUGUUUUGGUACGCAUGGACGUCAAGCCCUGAGGUCCCUUGGCCAAGUCAGGUCUGCGCCAGCAUCCUGAUCGGAUGCGGCAUGUACACCAUCUUCAUUCAAUGCUUUACCUACAUCGUCGACUGCUAUACCGACAUGGCGAAUAGCGCAAUGGCGGCAAAUGGAGCGGUGAGGAGUAUCUUCGGGGCUGCGUUCCCUUUAUUCGCUAGAUACAUGUACCGGAACCUGGGCGUCGCGUGGGCGACCAGUUUGCUGGGAUUUCUCAGUGUAAUUAUGGUCCCAGUCCCUGUUUUAUUCUGGUAUUAUGGUGCGCGGGUCCGGGCCUGGUCUACGGCAAAGGCAAAGGCAUGAAACCUCAAAGCUUGUCAAGUCCAAGUCACUCAUCUCACAACGCGGCUUAGCAUCGUGGGUAACCGGUCAAGAUGCCAUUGGCG